CUUGAGAGAGAGCGCACUGUAUUGUGCUUCCUAGGGUGGCCGGGGGAGCAUGGGGGUAGGAGGAGGGCUCACUCAACUGAGUCCAGAAAGCCAGGGGAGGAGACAGAUGCCUCUGGACUCCACAGGCCGGGGCGGACAUGAAGGCACAGCGGGCUUCCCUCUGGCUCCUGGGCACAGCGUUCCUCCUGAGCGCAGCGCAUGCCCGGGGUCUCAGGAGAUGUCUGAUUGCCAUGGACAUGCGCCACCUAGGAGAGAGCUUCCAACACAUCAAAGGAACCAUCCAAGCUAAGGACACCUUCCCAAAUGUCACCAUCCUGUCCACAUCGGGGACCCUGCACAGCAUCAAGCCCUUAGAUGUGUGCUGUGUGACCAAGAACCUCCUGGCGUUUUACGUGGACAGGGUGUUCAAGGACCACCAGGAGCUGAGCCCCCAGAUCCUGAGAAAAAUCAGCAGCAUCGCCAACUCUUUCCUCUACAUGCAGAAGGUUCUGCAGCAAUGCCAGGAGCAGAGGCUGUGUCACUGCGGGCAGGAAGCCGCCAAUGCAACCAGAAUCAUCCAUGACAACUACAAUCAGAUAUCUAUUUAAAGAACAGGAAAAAGAAAAACAAGGGGCAAAGAAUGAAGAAUUUUUAAUUUUGACAAGUUUCUGAGAUGAUUUAACUGCUUGUUUGUGGCAAACAAUUUGGGUUGCCUGUUGGGAAAAUUAUUUGGGGUCUGUAUACUCUGCAAAUAUAACUGAUGAACUAAAAGAAAACCUCGUGGGGACCAGAACAUGGGGAUAGUGGGUUGAAAUGAUUACAGGGUCUGAAAGGCAGGUUCUCAUAGUCUCUCUGGUUCCAGCUGGAGGUCAGGUCUGCUGCCCUCAAGUCUCUGGGAGAGCUGGACGUCUUCCUGGCCUGGAUUGACAAGAAUCAUCAAGGAACUCCUGCCGCCUGACACAGAGAACCUGGUUGCCCAGGUGAACAGCUUGGGAGGUUUCCAGGAGACAGCCUCAAGCAUGUCAAACUUGUGGCCCGGGGGCCUCAUGCCUCGUCUAUUUGGCCCGUGGUAACCUUUGAGUUUGACAUGCUUGGCCUACCUUGAAGGGCAGGGAGAUGGGGAUGACCCCAUUUUAAUGCAAAUGAGCAUGAUUGUGAAGCAACUUCUCUGCAGAUUUGGAAUUCUCUCCUCUCGGUCUGAGGGAUUGUAGGGCAAAAUCUAGGUUUGGACGGAUCUCACCCUGUAGCCGGGAGUCCCAGGCUGUCUGACCCCACCUGAAAUAACCUACUAGUCUAUUGUCAUAUUUAUAAUGAAAUAUGUUCCUUUGAAAGGUCUCGUUGGCCAUCCUGGAGGAGAAGGGCUGGCUUCCCCCUAAUUUAUUGUGAGCGUGUUUAUCCCAUGUCUGUGAUGUGAGCUGAGCGA